AUGACUGAUGAACUUAAAAACAAAAGACGGGUCAUUAAAGCAGCUCUCACACGAUUUGAAAAUUACUUUAACUUAAAAAAGUCUUUGGAAAACCUUCCUUUUGAAGAAGUAGAACAAUUAAAAAACAGAUUACUUAAGGCUACUACAUUUUUAGAUGAUUUUAAUGACGUUCAAAUGAGCAUUGAAAACUUAGACCCUGAAUUUGACAAAAAUUUCGAUUCACAUUCAGAACAACGUGAAAAUUUUGAAAAUCAGUUUUACCGUAUUACAUCUGAAGCCAAAAAAUAUUUAGACAAUAUUAUUACAAAACAAAAUGCAGAGUUGAACUCUCAAAAUGUACAACAAACAGGCACUGAUAAUAAUAUGACUUUUGCAUCGAUAAAACUCCCACAAAUUAAUUUACCCACAUUCGAUGGUGCCCAUGAUCAAUGGCUUUAUUUCAGAGACACUUUUCGAUCACUCAUUCAUAAUAAUAAUUCACUAACAUCUACACAGAAAUUUCACUAUCUACGUCUUUCUCUAAGAGGCAUAGCAAACGAAACUAUUUCAUCUCUAGAAGCUUGUGACGAUAAUUAUCAAAUUGCUUGGAAUAUUCUGCAAGACAGAUUUGAAAAUAAACCUUUACUUGUUAAUAAUCACAUUAAAUCAAUUUUUAAUUUACCAUCUCUCACUAAAGAAUCACAUCAAGGUUUAAGAAUGCUACUAGACGGUGUUCAGAAACAUAUAAACGCCUUAAAGGUUUUGAAACUUCCUACAGAACAUUGGGACGCACUUAUUAUACAUAUAAUAACUUCCAAACUUGAUAAUGCUACAAGACGUUCUUGGGAAUCUACAAUUUUUAACACUGAACUACCAACUUAUAACGAACUUAUAGAUUUUUUAAAAGAAAAAUGCCGUAUAUUAGAAACUAUUGAAACAAAUUACAUAUCAAAAUCACAGAAGAAUUAUAAAAAUGAACCACCUCUUAAACGCGAUUUUAAAACAUUUUUAACAACAGAAAAUAAAUGUUCGAUGUGUAAAGGUGAUCAUACAAUUUAUAACUGUACUUUUUUCCUAAGUCUUUCUCCCACUGAAAGAUUUAGUGAUAUAAAGAAAAAGAAAUUCUGUAUAAAUUGUCUUGGUUCUAAUCAUGUAACAAAAGACUGUAAAUCGUCUGGUUGCAAAAAGUGUGGUAAAAUUCAUCAUACUUUAUUACAUUUCAAUGAAAAUCCUAGAACUCAUGAUAAAGUUAGUACAGGAAUAGAUACACCAUCCAACUCAAACACACCUUUAGUUUCACCUUCAACUUCAACAACGCUUACAAUUAAUAAUUUAUCGACAAAUGUUGCUUUGCUAUCAACAGCUAAUGUUAAUAUAUAUGACUCUAACGGAAAAUUACAUAGUUGUCGAGUUUUAUUAGAUAGUGGUAGUCAAUCCAAUUUUAUAUCUGAGAGACUAUGUGAUAUAUUACAUUUAACCAAGGAAAAAACAUCAUUUUCUGUUUCUGGGAUUAAUCAAAUAUCUGAAAUACUUAAACAUAAGGUUAUUGUUAAAAUACGUUCUGCUACAAUAAAUUAUGAAGCGAAAUUGACUUGCUUGGUUGUACCUGAAAUUACGGGAAAUUUACCCUCAGUAUCUUUUGAUCACACUUUGUUAAACAUCCCAAAACAUAUACAAUUAGCCGACCCAAACUUUAACAUUUCAAAACCAAUUGAUUUACUGAUCGGCGCUGACUUAUUUUGGGAACUACUUAGCAUUGGGCAAAUAAAACUGGGAACUGGACUUCCUAUUUUGCAUAAGACAAAACUUGGGUGGAUUAUUUCAGGGCCUAUAAUUAAUAAUUUUCACAAUAAAACAACAUGCCAUUUUAAUCAAAAUAUUGAACAACAACUUCACAAAUUUUGGGAAAUUGAAGAUUUUCAUAAAAAUAAAUUUUUAUCGACUGAAGAGUCUUACUGUGAACAACAUUAUUCAAAAAACACUGAGCGAAAUUCUGACGGACGUUUUAUUGUUAAACAACCUUUCAAACAAUCUGAAGACAUUUUAGGUGAUUCGAAAAAUACUGCUAUUAAUCGAUUUUUAAAUUUGGAACGUAGGUUUGAGAAAAAUUCUAAUUUGAAAAAAGAAUACCAAAAUUUCAUAACUGAAUAUCAAAAUUUAAAUCACAUGACUUUAGCCAAUGAUCAAACUGACAUAUCUGGAUUUUUCCUACCACAUCACUGUGUUUUUAAAAUGGAUUCAACUACAACAAAACUACGAGUUGUUUUUGACGGUUCUUCUAAAUCAACUUCUGGAUAUUCAUUAAAUGACUUAUUAAUGGUGGGACCUAACGUUCAAGACAGCUUAUUUAAUAUUUUAACACGAUUCAGAUUUUAUCCUAUUGUUUUAAGCGCAGACAUCGAGAAGAUGUAUCGACAGAUUUAUCUCCACGAAAGCCAACGUCAUCUACAAAAAAUUCUGUGGCGUCCUGAUAGAAAUCAGGAUCUGCUCGUAUAUAAUCUUAAUACUGUGACUUAUGGAACAGCUUCUGCUGCAUUUCUUGCUACUCGUUCUCUUCAGGAGAUAGGACAUCUAGAAGCGAAUGACAAUCCUAACAUUAGUGAUAUUAUUUUACAUGAUUUUUACGUAGACGAUCUUCUCACUGGUGGACAAACCCCACAAGAUGUAAAGGAACUAAAAGAUAAUCUUUAUAAAACUCUUCAUAAAUAUGGAAUGAAUCUACGAAAAUGGCUAUCUAAUGAUAAAUCUAUCACUGCAGAUUCCGAUGACAUAUUUAUUUCUCUUGAUUAUGACAACCAAACUAAGACGCUAGGUUUACUCUGGAAUUCUCUAUCUGAUUCAUUGCAAUUUAAUAUUAAACACGAAAUACCCGAUAAGACUACUAAACGCACGAUACUUUCUUCAAUUGCUCAAAUUUUUGAUCCAAUGGGACUUUUGACUCCAGUCACGAUGACUGCCAAAAUCAUUCUACAGCAACUUUGGAAGAUUAAAAUUGAUUGGGACGAAUCUAUACCUGCGGAUCUGCAUACAAGUUGGUCCACAUAUAGAACCCAACUUAUUCAAUUAAAUAAACUUAAAAUUCCUAGAUUAGUUCUUUGUGCAAAUGCAGUCGAAAUACAAUUGCAUGGUUUUUGUGAUGCUGCUCAACCUGGUUAUGGAGCAUGUAUUUUUAUUCGUUCUUCUGAUGCUCUGGGAAAUGUUACUUCUAAUCUUCUUUGUUCUAAAUCCAGAGUAUCGCCAUUAGCACUUACUACUAUUCCAAGACUAGAACUUUGUGGAGCCCUUCUACUUGCUGAGCUCAUGAAUAGUAUUUUGAAUUCUACGAAAUUUGAUAUACAAUCUAAGGUAUACUGGUGUGACUCCACUAUUGUACUAUCCUGGCUAAAUACUUCUCCACAUCUGCUAAAGAUAUUUGUUGCUAACAGGGUGGCUCAGAUUCAAUUACUUACAAAUUUAAAAGAGUGGAGAUAUAUUAAUACUCAUGAUAAUCCUGCAGACCUUCUAACUAGAGGUAUAACUCCUUUAAAAUUUAUUGACACUAAAAUUUGGUUUACGGGACCUUCUUGGUUGGUCAGUGAAGAAAUUAAUUGGCCACAUUGCAAAUUUAAUUUUUCUAAGGAAAUUGAUGAAACAGAGUUACGUAAUAUAACAGCAGUACACUUAAUUAAAAACGAUUUAAAGGAAAAUAACAUAUUAAUGCUUUUAGAAAAUUGUUCAAAAUUUACAAAACUUUGUCGUAUACUUGCUUAUGUCUUACGAUUUAAAAACAACAUUCGCAAAACUAAAAUAACACAUUUUAGCGGUCCUUUAAGUUUAGAUGAGAUAUCAAGUGCUCUUUUUAUUCUAAUUAAACUAGUUCAGAUCGAAUCAUUUUCUGAAGAUUAUAAUACCUUACGUAAAAUGAAUAAAUUACCUAAAGGUUCUAAAUUACUUAAACUAAAUCCAUUUUUUGAUGAAUCCAACGAAAUUAUAAGAGUUGGAGGCCGUUUACUAAAUUCUGAUUAUACAUUCGAAAGAAAACAUCCUAUACUCCUUCCCGCAAAACACAAACUUACAACUUUAAUUGCGGAAAACGAGCAUAUUAAUUUAUUACAUGCUGGUCCUCAGGCUAUGUUAGCUUCUUUACGACAGAGAUAUUGGCCACUUAAUGGACGCAAUUUAGUUCGAAAAAUAUAUCACAAAUGUGUGAAGUGUUUUCGAUUUAACGCCAAAUCCGUACAAUACAUCAUGGGUAACUUACCAAAAUCGCGUAUAACAGCUUCUCGCCCAUUUUCCUUCUGUGGAGUUGACUAUGCAGGUCCAUUCACAAUUAAAGAUCGUAAUGGCCGUAAAUUUAACACCACAAAGGCAUAUAUAUCACUGUUUGUUUGUUUCGCUACAAAGGCGGUGCAUUUGGAGCUAGUUAGUGAUUUAACAACUGAAUGUUUUUUGGCUGCUCUUCAUAGAUUCAUGUCUAGAAGAGGUAAAUGUACACAAAUGUUUUCGGAUCAAGGUACAACUUUUAUUGGGGCAAACAACGAGUUAAAAUCUUUUUUCCAAAUUAAUGGUGACAAAUUAACAAACAAUUUAACAAAUCAAGGAAUACAGUGGAAUUUCAUUCCACCUAGAGCUCCACACUUUGGUGGACUAUGGGAAUCGGCUGUAAAAUCGGCUAAAUACCAUAUAAAAAGAGUAGUCGGUAAUUCUAUUUUUAAUUUUGAAGAUUUUAACACUAUUCUAUGUCAAAUAGAAGCUUGUUUAAAUUCGAGACCUCUCUGUCCUCUGUCUGAUGAUCCUGAUGAUCCUACUUGCCUCACUCCUGCACACUUUUUAAUUGGAGAACCUGUUACAACUAUACCACAAACCAAUGUUCUGGGUACACAUCCAUCUAGACUAUCCAAAUACCAACACCGUCAACAAGUUGUACAACACUUUUGGUCCAGAUGGUCGAAAGAAUAUGUUUCUCAACUUCAAGUCCGUACCAAAUGGAGAGAACAACACAAUCAAAUAUUGAAACCAGGUUUGCUUGUCAUCAUAAAGGAAGACGGCUUACCACCACUCAAAUGGCGGAUUGGGCGUAUUCAACAUGUGCAUCCUGGGUCAGAUGGUGUGACACGUGCAGUAACCAUUAAAACUGUCAAUGGAACAUUCAAACGUCCUGUUACAAAGAUUAGUGUUUUCCCGAGCAACGAAGACUAA